AUGGUUGGAAUUAAAAAAAGAACUCAACACUUAAAAAAUAUUGCUAAAAUUUCUGUGCAGUCAAGACAAGAAAAACAAAAAAUACCAGAGGAAAAUAGUGAUUCUGCUAAUUCUGAUGAUUUUGAAGAAAUGAUUUCAUAUUUUGAUGAAGAAUUUGAAAAUAACAGUGAAUCUUUAUUCCAAUUACUGAUUAAUAAUAUGAAAAAUUAUAAAGCCAAAAGACCUUUAACCUAUCAUGGAAAUUCAACAAUAACACAAAAAAGAAGAAAGGCAUCAACAAAAGAAAAUAUCAAUAAAAAUGGUCAAACUCUUGAUCAAUUUUUUAUUUUAGAAAAAACUUCUAGUAAAGAAAUGACUCAGGAUAAUGAUUCACAAAGUUCUGAAACAGUUAAUAAUGAAUUAGAAAUAGUUGAUAAUUUUCAAAAAAUAAAUUAUGAUUAUUUGUUAAAAGAUAUUGAAAUCAAACUUGAUGAAUCAUUUGAUAUUGCAAAAAGCCCAUGGUUUUCAAAAUGUAUAAGAAGUUGGGGAAAGUCAUUUAUAGAAUAUGGUGAUAUUUCAUAUAAAAAAAGAGGCAAACAUUUAAGAGGAAAAUUUAUUGCUAAAGAUGUAUUUCCUAGUAUAGGAGUUGAAAAUGAGACAGCAAUCAG